CGCACUGAUGUGACCUCAGCUAACCAGUAUCGCGGAGCGAGCGACGAAGACCCGCCAUUUUCCUUCUUUUUUUGAAUUCCUAAUUUAAAAAUAAAUUAAAACUAUGUGUAGUGAAGUGCCAGUGACAUGGAAUUAAAAGUAUUAGUGAUUUUGCCCAUUAUUUGGGCUUUAGUAGAUAGUUGUAUCACGCCGCUUGGUGAGACAAGCGACUGUGUUAGUUUGUAUGACUGCCCGGCGCUUCUUUCCGCAUUCGAGAAUAGACCACUGACGAGCACUGUCAUAAGUUUCCUCAAAAGAUCUUCCUGUGGGUUCGAAGGUUACGUGCCUAGAGUCUGCUGCGGGCCUUUGCCGCAGCAGAAUGAUGAGCAGCAAACAACGCGAAGACCAAGGCCGUCUACAACGGAAUCAAGCAGUAGUGACAUUGACCCAGUCGAUGAUGAAGACUCCUACCCAGCUCCGAGGAACCAAUGCGGUGUUGAUACAAACGGUGACAAGAUCUACGGCGGUCAAUUCACAGAUUUGGACGAGUUCCCGUGGAUGGCAUUGCUGGGAUAUCGAACAGCCUCCGGAAGAAUUUCAUACCAAUGUGGAGGAGUUCUCAUCAAUCAUCGCUACGUGAUGACUGCGGCUCAUUGCAUUACUGGCGCUAUAGAACGAGAACUGGGAAAACUGGUCGCAGUGCGUUUAGGAGAAUACGACACGCAGACAGACAUAGACUGCAGUGAUGACGUCUGUGCGGACCCCCCUCAGAACAUCCCAGUGCAGUCCGCGUACCCGCACCCUGGGUACUCUGACAACAACAAGAACAGAAGAGAUGAUAUCGGUCUAGUAAGACUGUCUAGAAGGGCAAGCUAUACUUACUACGUCCAACCCAUCUGCCUAGUUGGCAACGAGCGCAUAGCCGACGGCAGUGACGUGUACGUGGCGGGCUGGGGAAAAACCUUAAACGGUAAAAGCAGUCCAGUGAAACUGAAACUCAGUUUACCCACAUUCAACAAAGGCAGGUGCGCGGAGAAAUACAAAACACUUGGUGCUGAUCUGAUUGAAAAGCAGAUUUGCGCUGGUGGUUCAUUCGCCGAAGACGCAUGCAGGGGUGACUCUGGGGGUCCUCUGAUGAGAAGGAAGCCCCAGGGGGUGUGGGAGGCAGUAGGAAUAGUGUCUUUUGGAUACGGCUGCGGGAGAGAAGGAUGGCCAGGAGUCUACACUUCGGUAGCCGCUUAUAGUAAUUGGAUAAAGGAGAAGUUGGUCUCGACUAAUGUUUAGUGGACGCUAGACUUUACAUUUAUUUAUUGUAACGUAAUAAAUAUCGUUUUAUUCUUCUUGUGAGUGAAGAAAAAUUGUGAUAUUGGUUUCUUUGCAAAAAGGUACAAGUUGAAUCAAUAUGUAAAUGCUACUUAAGAAAAUGUUGAAGUUACAAAAAAAAUUGUGUUAAAUA